GUCCCCUCCUGCGCCUUCUCCACGCUCCCAAGACCCCUCGCCCCACCUCAACCCUCGGCUAUUGCGGCUCAGCCCUAGGCUCCCGGAUCUCCCCUGCUCAUCUCUACUACCCUGUGUGUCGGCUCCCUGGAUCCUCUCUGGGUCCUUGUCCUCCUCCAGACCUCCAGGGCGGACGGAGUCAGGGCCUCUUCGAGUGUCCCCGAGGUCCAGACUGAACCAGUCAUGAGUCUGCAGGCGCUCGGUCUCUGGUUACUGGUUCUUCUGCUGCAGCCUGUGCGCGCUCGGAUGCCCAGGGCGCAGGACGUGAGCCUGGGCGUGGACUGGCUGACUCGCUAUGGCUACCUGCCCCCGGCAGAUCCUUCCCAAGCCCAGCUGCAAAGCCUUGAGAAGCUGCAGGAUGCGAUCAAAGUCAUGCAGAGAUUUGCGGGUCUGCCUGAGACAGGCCAAAUGGACCCGAUAACAAUAGCCACCAUGCACAAACCCCGCUGCUCCCUGCCUGAUAUUCUCGGAGCUGCUGGGCUGGUCAGGCGCCGCCGUCGCUAUGCUCUGAGUGGCAGUAUGUGGAAGAAACGCACUUUGACGUGGAGUAUCCAGUCCUUCUCUCAGAGCUCCCAGUUGAGCCAGCUGACCGUGCGGACCCUCAUGAGCUAUGCCUUGGCUGUCUGGGCUGCCGAGACAGACCUUACCUUCCAGGAGGUGGAUUCUCAGAAUCAGGAGCCUGACAUCCUUAUCCACUUUUCCCGGGGCUACCACCAGGACAGUUACCCCUUUGAUGGACCCGGUGGCACGCUGGCUCAUGCCUUCUUCCCUGGGGAGCACCCCAUCUCUGGAGACACUCACUUCGACGAUGAGGAGACCUGGACUUUUGGGUCAAAAGGUGGUGAAGGAACUGACCUAUUUGCAGUAGCAGUUCACGAGUUCGGCCAUGCCCUAGGCCUUGGCCACUCUUCUGCUCCCAACUCCAUUAUGAGGCCCUUCUACCAGGGCCCAGUGGGAGACCCUGACAAAUACCGCUUGUCCCAAGAUGACCGUGAUGGACUGCAGCAGCUCUAUGGGAAAGCAUCCCGCAGCCCGUAUGGCAAGCCCACAAGGAAACCCUUGGCUUCACCGCCACAGCCUCCAGCCUUGCCCCCUGACAGCCCCUCCACACCUGUGCCUGAUCGCUGCCAGGGCAAUUUUGAUGCUAUUGCCAACAUCAGAGGAGAGAUCUUCUUCUUCAAAGGCCCCUGGUUCUGGCGCCUUCAACCCUCAGGACAACUGGUGUCGCCCCGUCCAGCCAGGCUGCACCGGUUUUGGGAGGGCCUGCCCACUCAUGUGAGGGUCAUCCAGGCUGCCUAUGCCCGGCCCAGAGAUGGCCGAAUCAUCCUUUUCAGCGGCCCCUGGUUCUGGGUGUUCCAGGACCGACAGCUGGAGGGCGCAGCCCGGCCAUUGGUACAGUUUGGGCUUCCCCCGGGAGAAGAAGUGGAUGCUGUGUUCUCCUGGCCUCUCAAUGGCAAGACGUAUCUGAUCCGAGGCCAGCAAUACUGGCGGUAUGACGAGGAGGCUGCCCGCCUAGACCCUGGCUACCCACGUGUCUUGAGUCUCUGGGAGGGGGCACCUCCCGCCCCAGACGAUGUCACCAUCAGCAACACAGGUGACACCUACUUUUUCAAGGGCACCCAUUUCUGGCGCUUUGCGAAGGGCAGUGUCAAAUCUGAAUCGGAUUCUCCCCAGCCAAUGGGGCCCAAGUGGCUGGACUGCCCUGCCCCCAAUUCUGACCCUCAAGUCCCCAACUCCCCGAAAACAACACCCAAAACAGGAACCUGUAAUUGUCACUGCGAGCUCAAUCAAGCCUCAGGGCAGCUGUCGGUGACCCUCCUGCUGCCCCUCCUGCCCUUUCUGGCUGGAGCUGUCUUUUCUUGUUGAAACCUGGACCUUCCUAGCGGACCAGCUCCCUACACCGAAGGAAGCCGGAGUCUCCCGCAGGUGGACCUAGUGUAGGGUUGUGAGACGCUGGCUGCGGACCCUCUCUCUAUUCCCACAGGGACCCCUGCGGACAGAGCCAGGCGGGCGGAUUCCUAGCAGAAGCCUGCCCACACUGCAGGGGUUCCCGAGCCUGCUUGCUGUUAGGGCACAGGAGCUGUGGCCAAAGUCAGAGCUACCGCCAGGGGGCGGUAUGCAACCUUGCUCUCCAUCGUCAAGAAUGGCCCGUUGCCACAGCCGCUGCGGGAGCUAGGAACCCACCAGCACUGCGGAUUGGACACACAGUGCUCCGCCCUAUCCCGUUGCUCCUCAGAAGGAGGCGACACCACACCUGCCUGGGGUUUUGUGCUGCCUUCUGCUGUGCUGACUUGCUUUCUGGGAAUGUGCACUCCUCUGAUUCUCUACAACUGGUCAUACUGGUGACAAUGGGACAGUGACUGUACUCUCACUAGAUGGUUAAUUAGGACCAGGAUAUUGAACUCCAGUGCCUCUAGCGGCUGAAAGUGUUCCUGAGCCUUCUUACCGUAUUGAUCUCCAUGUCCGUUUACAGUCACAGGGUCGGAGGAAGACCAAUUGCUGCUACCUUCCCUGAGGUUAUGCUUCAAAUGCUAGUUAAAAUCAGUGUUGACAUGGGUCAUCCCAGAACACAAAC